AGUUUCCCGCCAGAUAAUUCAGCGAUCGUGCGUCGAGUUGCACAAUAAUAAUUUUGACGAGUAUCAAAAUAGUUUUGAGUGAAGAACACAAGGCGAGAAAAAUAUUUCUUUUUGAAUUUUAUAAAAACAUAUUUUUUAAGGAGGAUGACAUCUUCAGUUCCAGAGGUUGACAUCGAACCGAGCGGCGUUUUUAAAUAUAUUCUUUUAAAACUGACUAUAUCAGAUCAGGGAAAAAAUGAAGAAAAAACGCUUGUUAGGGGUUAUGCAAAAUGUAACUACCACGUUGAUGUAAAUGAUCUUGUAACGGACGAAUUAAAUAAAUUAAAAGAAAAAGGUUCUUUUAAUGAGUGGAAAACACAAGUUUUGGGGGGUGGUAGAAUUAUUCACGAUCCUGCCAAUAAAAAUAUAAAAGUUUACGGAUAUUCACAGGCAUAUGGUAAAGCUGAACAUGCAGUAACGGUAGAAUUACUUAAAAAAGUUUAUCCUGACUAUGACAUCAGCUGGAGUGAUGAAGGCUAUUAAAAUAGAAAUAUAAUUUGACUUUAAGUUAUUAUUCUAAAUAUCACCUUUAUGUAAGGUCAAAUUUUUCUUUGCUAUCUAGGACACUUUUUCUUAUGUAAAGGAAUUUAAUAGAAAUAAAAUAUUACGGAACACACGUGUUGCUUUAUA